GCUCCUCCCAACCCCUCGCGUCACGGAACGGGGGCGUGGCGCUCUGUAUGCAAAUGAGAUGCUAAUGUGGGAGGAAGCGUGUUUGGAGGGGAGCAGCGAAGGGUGCUGGAGAGGGUUCCCCACGUGCCUCACCACGUCCUGCACCGUGUCACCUCCUCAUCACCGCACGGCCUCUGCUGGUGUCCCCUCGUAUCCUCCAUGGCAUCCCCGGUGCCUCGCCGCGUGCGCCUGCGCCCAUGGUUGGUGGCCCAGGUGGACAGCGGCCGUUUCCCAGGGCUGCACUGGUUGGACGCGCGGCGCCGGCUCUUUGUGAUCCCAUGGCACCACGCCACGCGGCACUUCCCGGCACACGGCGGCGAUGAUGAAACCGUCUUCAAGGCAUGGGCAGCAGAGACAGGGAAGUUCCUUGCUGGGCGGGAUGAGCCGGAUCCUGCCAAGUGGAAGGCGACGCUGCGUUGUGCCCUCAACAAGAGCCGCGAGUUCCGCCUGCGCUACGACGGCACCCGCGCUGUGCCCCCCCGGCCCUAUAAGGUGUACGAGGUCUGUGGGGCCGACGGAGCAGACACGGUGACCGGGGAUGACUUCAGCUGCGGUGGGGAGGAAGAGGAGGAGGAAGAAGAUGUCAGUGAGCUGCAGAAGCUGAUGUCUCUGAGCAUCGAUGACUGUGGGAUGGACCCGGUGCCCCCCUGGCACGAGGAGCACCCCCCGUUCAGCAACGCCGACCCCACAGUGCCCGUCCUGCCCCCUGAGCUGCCCCCUGAGCUGACCUCACAGCUGCCCCCUGAGCUGAACCCACAGCUGACCCAACAGCUGCCCCCACAGCUGCCUCCUCCGGGACCCCCAGCACUCCUGGAACAUGGCGUCCCCAAUCUGCUGGCCAGCCCUCACCUGCUACCCCUGACGGACCUGGAGCUGCGCUUCCAGUACCGCGGGCGGCGGGUGAGCGCCCUGACCGUCAGCCACCCCCUGGGCUGCCGCCUGUCCCACGGGGGGUCCCUGCCCCCCACCCCGCAACGCCCCGACCUGCUGGGACACCCCGAGCUCCAGCAGGUCCCCUUCCCCGACCCCGAGGGGAUCCCGCACGACAAGCAGCGCCGCUACACCCGCACUCUGUUGGGGGCCAUGGAGCGGGGGCUCCUCCUGGAGCUGGGGGGACAGGACCUCUAUGCCACCCGCCUCUGUCGCUGCAAAGUGUUUUGGGAUGGGCCCUGCGCCCCACCUCAGGACCCCCACCUCGACCCCCGGCCCAACCCCAUGGAGAGGGAGAGGAGGGUCCAAGUGUUCAGCCUGCAGCGGUUCCUUGACGGGCUGAUCCUGUUCCAGAAGGGGCAGAGCCCAACACCGCCACCCUUCGAGGUCUUCCUGUGCUUUGGGGAGGAGUGGCCCGACCACAGACCCAAGGAGAAGAAGCUCAUCACUGUGCAGGUGGUGCCAGUGGCAGCACGGCUGCUGCUGGAGCUGUUCUCAGGGGAGCUGUCGUGGUCGGCUGACAGCGUCCCGCUGCAGAUCUCGCAGCCCGACCUGAAGGAUGCCCUGGUGGAGCAGUUCAAGGAGCUGCACCGCCUGUGGCAGCAGCAGCAGCGCCCGGAUCCCGGCCCGCGGCCCCCGCUGUGACAUGGGGAUGGGGAGAAAAUGGGGUGUAUGGU